UCCCGCGCAAGGCGCAGGUCUUAACCUAGUAUAUAUUAUAACUUGUAGACUAUAGAGAGAUUCAAAUGGCCGUACGAGCAAGAGAAAACAUUGAUUGAAUUGUUUGAUGAGGCAAUUUCCUUGUCAAAUUAUACUCUUAAAGAUCCUACGGCUCAUGGAAGAGAGUAUAUGGUUGAAAAAUUCAACUUUGCAUUUAACAUGAAUAUAAAUUACGAUUUUUUUCAAACAUAAGCUUGAUGAGUUCAAUAAAUCAUACAAGAUGCGGAAGUUUCUGAUGAAAUCCACCGGCAUUUCGUUUGAUCUUGUAACAUCUAUGAUUUACGCAUCUCCAGCGUGGUGGAAUAAUCACGAGGCGGGAUAUAGAAUAACAAAAUCGUUCAACCGAGAGACACCGAAAUUUUGGGAUGUAAUGGUACGGUGUUUUGCAUUACAUGAUGUAUAUUCGCAACCACAAUAUUAUGUGCGACAAAGAAGACAAGAGACAAUGAAUGAGGGACGAGCUGAUGAUUCCACACAUGGAAACUCAGAUUUCAAAGGGGGUGACAUGCCAGACACCGAAGUUCCAGAGACUGAAGAAAUUUAAGAAGUAUAUCACGUCAACCUAGACGAUAAUUCACGUCCUUCAAAUGAAUUUACCUAUGAAACAGUUGGAAUCAAUAUUGGAAGAGGUGGGAGACAUGGAGUAGUUCACAUUCUAGUGGCAGAAGAGGGAGUAGAUUUCAUAGAUCAGGUGGAAGCACAUGAACUAAUGUUGGAAGUGGUUCACGAGGAAGUCGUCGAAAACAAUUAUUUGAGACAACAAUGCAAGACACUAUCAGUGGUUUUAGAGAUUUUCAAUGACAAAGUUUACAACAACUUCUUCCUGGUGCUUUCAACCAAGACGAUUAUGAUGAAUAGAAAAAGGCGGAAGCGUUGUUCCCUGAUCUACAAGUUACAAAACAUACAAAAUUUUAUUGGAAAUGUCUUAAUACACUCCAAGAGUUAUUAAAGCUACAUUUGCUUGAAGCUCUGAUUGGUAUUUCACGAAACAACGAAGAUAUUCCAAAACAUAUGGGUUUGGGACUAUCAUCUGGGAAUCCAUCUUCUGUGGACAAUAAUUCUGGCUUUCAACAGUGGGGAACAACACCAAACGCACAACAUUGGGGCACACCGCCAAAUGCACAACAAUGGGGCACACCACUAAAUCCACAACAAUGGGGUAUACAGUCUGGUUUUCAACAGUGGGAAACACCACCAAAUGCGCAAAGGUGGGACACACCACCAACUGCACAACAAUGGGGCGCACCUCCAAUUUCACAUCAAUGGGGCACACCUUCAACUGCACAGCAAUGGAGCGCACCUCGACCUGCACAACAGUGGGGCACACCGCCGAAUGAUCAGCAAUGGAGCACACUGCCGAAUGCUCAGAAAUGGGGCACACCACCGAAUGCUCAUGAAUGGGGAACACCACCGAAUGUUCAGCAGUGGGGUACACAACCAAAUGUUCAACAGUGGGAUACACCAACGAGUGCUCAACAAUGGAGGCGUCAAAGACCUAAUCCUGGAAAUGGCAAAUCAGCUGGAAUGAAUCCAAAUCAUAUUGAAUAUGGAUUUCGUUGGACGAUCAUCAUGAAGUUUUAGAUAGCGCAAUAAAAAGAACUUCGCCUGAUACCCAACAACCACAAUCACCCCAGUCUUGGUUUCACAAGUCGUUUUGAUUCUGGACAAAAUUCACGACAACCUAGAGCAGGAGGUUUGUUCAACAUAUGGGGAAACAAACAAGAUAAUCAAAGUGAUGACGAAUAGUUUUUUAUUAAAAUGUCUUAUCAU